GAGCAUUGCUUAAGUUGUAGGUAUUAUCAAAGAUAGUGCCUUCACCAAGGAGGACUGAAGAUGAAUACUUUGAAAACAACACACGAUGUAUCAAGUGCACGCGUCCCGAUACAUGUCUGCCAUGCGGGAUCCCGACGACUUGCCAGCUCAAAUCGGGCAAUGCGUCCAGCACUUUGCAGCAAGCUCCAUCCAUGCAAGGACCGGACAGGUUCCUGCAGGAUUUUUGCACAGGCUUCAGAGAUAGAAGUGGUGAAUCCUGCAUCUGAGGAAGCCAGCACGUCGUUGGCACCCAGUGCACAAGCACAGGCUGGCGAGUCAGUCACAGUGGAGGAGGAAGUGCUGCCAAACUCCCACAUCCGACUGACUGUCACAGUGCCAGUGGCUUUUGUCCGCAAGGCAUACCUGCGCGCAAUGAAGAAAUUACGCGUCGAAACAGAUGUCCCAGGAUUCAGGAAGGGCAAGAAGGUACCUGAUCGUGUAGUCAUCAAUGCUGCUGGGGGCCCGGAGGCAGCCAACGGCGCCUGCAUGGAAAUCAUUCUCAACGAUGUCUUGCCAGUGGCCCUCCAGAGGUACAAGGACACGGCCAUAGCCGAGUCGGAGCGCAUAGAGGAGCAGUUUGAUGAGCUGCACAAGGUCUUCAGCCUGGACAGCAGCUUCACCUUCCAUGUCGGCCUGGACAUCCAGCCCACGCACUCCUGGAAGGCCUCCUACAAAGACAUCAAGGUGGAGGUGGGUACGCUGGGGGGUGCGGAGGAUGAUGCGGCCACAGCGGAGGCGAAGAUCCUGCAGCUGCGCAAGAACAAGGGCACCAUGAAGCUGGUGGCGGGGCGGCCGCUGCAGCAUGGUGACGUGGCGAUAGUGGACUUCAGCACGGUGCGCACUGACACGGGCGAGGCCAUCACGGGCUCGCAGCGCCGCGGCAUGCAGCUCGACACCGGCCUCGGCGACCGCGCCAUCGGCCUUGUCGGAGUUGUGGAGGGAAUGGUGGGCAUGGUCGUGGGUGAAGAGCGCGCCAUCACAACUUCGGUGGGGGACACCUGGUGGGAGCCGGACAGCCUGCGCGGAGUGGAGGUCAGGGCCGACAUCAAGCUCAAUGAGCUCUUUGAGUGGGAGCUGCCUGAGCUGACGGAUGAUCUGGUGGAGGCGUCCUUCCCGGGGGUGGGCAGCGUGGAGUCGCUGCGAUCCGCGCUGGCCGACAGCACCGCGGCGCAGCGCGAGGAGGACCAGAAGGAGGCGGUGCACGAGGCGCUGAUCCGCGCGGUGGCCGACUGCGUGGACGCCGACAUCCCCGACUCCGCCAUCCGCCAGCUGGCCGAGAACGAGUACCAGGCCAAGCGGGAGAAGCUGCUGAUACUGCAGAGGGCGACGCUGGGCAUUGCAGACAUCUUUGAGCAGGAGGGCAUGCAGCUGGCGGAGCAGGAUAUCAGGAAGGAGAUGGAAGACGCUGCACAUGACUUCAAGCAGGAAGACCAGGAUUUUGAUGAGUCACGGCUGCGUGAACAGGUGGAGGAAGUGUUGAAGGCACAGAAGGUGCUGGAGUGGUUGGAAGAGAACACGACGGUGGUCAUCAAGUAG